CCGGGGCUGGGGGAGGUGGAGCCGCACUUCGUCGCCGCGGGGGUGCCGGGACUCCGGCCGCAUCGCCGCCGCCAUCACGGACUUCCUGUGGGACAAGCGCACGGGCCUCGCCGCCAGAACGAUGCCUCAUCCGCGAAGGUACCAUUCCUCCGAGCGAGGGAGCCGGGGGAGUUUCCACGAACACUAUCGAAGCCGGAAGCACAAGCGCAGAAGUCACUCGUGGUCCAGUAGUAGCGAUCGCACGCAGCGGCGCAGGAGAGAGGACAGCUACCCUGUUCGUUCCCGAAGCAGCUAUGAUGACCGGUCGUCCGACCGGAGGCUGUACGAGCGGCGGUACUGCGGCAGCUACCGGCGCAACGACUACAGCCGGGAGCGCGACCGCGGCGAGGCGUACUACGACGCGGACUUCCGGCACUCCUACGACUACCACCGGGAGAACAGCAGCUACCGCAGCCCGCGCAGCAGCCGCAGGAAGCACCGGCGCCCGCGGCGGCACAGCCGCACCUUCAGCCGCUCGUCUUCGCAGCACAGCAGCCGGAGAGCCAAGAGUGUAGAGGACGACGCUGAGGGCCACCUCAUCUACCACGUCGGGGACUGGCUGCAAGAGCGAUAUGAGAUUGUCAGCACGCUAGGAGAGGGGACAUUCGGACGCGUUGUGCAGUGUGUGGACCACCGCAGGGGUGGGGCUCGAGUCGCCUUGAAGAUCAUAAAGAACGUGGAGAAGUACAAGGAAGCAGCUCGCCUUGAGAUCAAUGUGUUAGAGAAAAUCAACGAGAAAGACCCUGACAACAAGAACCUCUGUGUGCAGAUGUUUGACUGGUUUGACUACCACGGCCACAUGUGUAUCUCCUUUGAGCUUCUGGGCCUCAGCACCUUCGACUUCCUCAAGGACAACAACUACCUGCCCUACCCCAUCCACCAAGUGCGCCACAUGGCCUCCCAGCUCUGCCAGGCUGUCAAGUUCCUCCACGACAACAAGCUGACACACACGGACCUCAAGCCUGAAAACAUUCUGUUCGUGAACUCGGACUACGAGCUCACCUACAACCUCGAGAAGAAGCGGGACGAGCGCAGCGUGAAGAGCACAGCCGUGCGCGUCGUGGACUUCGGCAGCGCCACCUUUGACCACGAGCACCACAGCACCGUGGUGUCCACGCGCCACUACCGAGCCCCCGAGGUCAUCCUUGAGCUGGGCUGGUCGCAGCCGUGUGACGUGUGGAGCAUAGGCUGCAUUGUCUUCGAGUACUACGUGGGUUUCACCCUCUUCCAGACUCAUGACAACAGAGAGCAUCUUGCCAUGAUGGAAAGGAUCCUGGGUCCUCUCCCUUCUCGGAUGAUCCGGAAGACCAGAAAGCAGAAAUACUUCUACCGGGGUCACCUGGAUUGGGAUGAGAACACCUCAGCUGGGCGCUACGUUCGUGAGAACUGCAAGCCGCUUCGGCGGUAUCUGACCUCAGAGGCAGAGGAACACCAGCAGCUCUUCGAUCUGAUUGGAGGUAUGCUGGAGUACGAGCCCGCUAAGCGGCUGACCUUAGGUGAAGCCCUUCAGCACCCUUUCUUCGCCCGCCUUCGCACUGAGCCACCCAACACCAAGUUGUGGGACUCCAGUCGGGAUAUCAGUCGGUGACAAUCAGGCCCUGGGCCCCUCUGCAUCUUGUGUAGCAGUGGGUGUCCAGUCCAGGACACUGGUGCUUUUUUAUACAAAAGAACAGAGCCAGAGUUCAUUCCCCCUGGCUCCUUAUAUAUCUGUGAAUAUGUGAAAUAGUGUAAAUAUGACAGAACUUGUACCUAUCACUUCAUUCCCUGCCUUGUACAUACUACUAUUGAUCUGCACUCUUCCCGUCCUCAACCGCCUUCUCCUGGGAAGUUGGAGGAGGGCAGAGUGAGGUAACCAGGUGGUAUCUACCCCGUGUUUUAUAAGGACUUUUGUACAGACUUUGUGAAAUAAAAUGACAUGCUUCCAUCUGA